AUGGCGCCACGAAACCAGAAAGCCCGCGUAGAGGGGCUCUCGGAAUGGGUCCCUUCACUGGACGACUUGGGCUGGUCUUCGGAGGAAGACGAGGCUCCCUCAUCCAGCCCCUCAACGUCCAUGUCUCCAACGACACCCCACAAAGGAAGCCACGUCAACGCCGAGCCGCCCAAAACUGGUGAGAGUGCCGCCGGUCAGCUCGCUAUGAUGCAGCUACGGACACCGAACAAAGGCGAGGCUGCUCGGCGCGCCGCUCUCACCCGUCUCUGGAACGGGCCCAGUACUUCCACGACCCCUUCCAAGUCCCAAGGUGCAACCGCCAGCGAUGAGGCCGAGAGAGGUGCUCAGGCAACCAUGACAGAGCAAGCCCACCUCCCCAAGACUCCUUCCAACGUCAGGCAUUACGAUGCAGAUUGCCGGACACCGCAGCAGGAAGCGCGUUAUGCCGCUAUCCAGGAGGCCAUGGCAUCGAGCCGUGACAGUCGAAGCUCGACGUACCCCACCCACCCGAUGACGCUCCGCAGCGCACGUAAGACAAGCGAACCACCAAGUACGCCGAGCGCACGGAGUUUGACUUCCGCAUUUAAAGCGGUGUCACACGAGGCCGACCUUCCGACACAUCACUGGAGCCCUGAUCACCCUCUCGAAGCCAUCCCGCCGGAGGACACCUUCCUCGAGCUCAUUCCCCCCAAUCCACUCCAGGGCGUCUUCAACUCGAACGCUGUACGGUACGGAGUUCAAUGGGAGCUGGAACGCAAGAUCCGCUCCUUCCGAUCCUCGGCUGGAGUAUCCUUCAACAUCUCGCCUGAAGAUGUCCAGCAGCUGACGGGGUCGGUAACGGAAGCCAUGCCUCGAAUACCUGCCGUCAUCCGCAACAUCUGUCGACGCGAGAGCCCUGAUGGAAACGAACCAACCUUGGCGUUCGGUCGUCGUAUUGCUGCCUGGGCCGAGAUGGACCGUGAAGAAGCUGUUAUAUUGGACGACUCCAAGACUUUCGACGGCGUGUUCAACACAAGCACCAACUGGCCUUACGGAGGCCGGCUGGUGUACGCUGUCGGGAUCAGGUAUAACAAGGACCGCCGCCAGAGGGGAAAGUCUCUGGAAGCAUUGGCGUUCCCGUUCGACUUCGACCUCCUCCAAGUCGAGUCCCCGUCAACAUCGACACGCCUCGCUCGCCGGUUUGGAUCUCGUCGAGUCCUUACUCUGCGGUUCAAGAGCGUUCCUCGCAGGAACGGCGCACGGGAGAAGCUGUUUGUUCUGUUACGUGGUCGAGCGCUCGUCCUCUUCGGGCGCGUAUUCCGGGUCAUGUGGAUCGGGCCGGACUCGGAGAAGGCCAUGGCUAUUCAGACGAACGAGGUUCCUCCGAACGCCACUCCGUUGGCCGAGCCAAGCAUGCCCAGCUUUCUGCAUAUCGUAUUGGGAUUCAACGCUCUGGACGGCAAGCGCCCACAAGCUAUGGCCAAAUGGGCUGCGCGUACCCAGCUUGUACAAUCUGACUCAAUACCCGCCGCCAUUGUCGAUCCAGAUAAGAUUGUCGUGGUACCUGACCUGACAUGUGACUGUGCGGGCGCCUCGCCAGCAGCUGCUCAAACCCUGACGGACGGCUGUGGUCUCAUGUCUUCAGCGCUCGCGCUGCGGAUCAAGCAACACCCCAGCUUCUCUCAUCUCUCGUCGCUUCCUUCAGCUGUCCAGAUGCGCUUGGGCGGCUCAAAAGGCCUUCUGGUGGUCAUGAGCCCCGAGCAGGAGAAUCAUUACCCCGGCAUCGACGUUGUCCUUCGAGACUCGAUGGUCAAGUCACAGCCGUCUGCCCAUUUUAAGCGAGACCCUUCGAAUUUUACCGUGGACGUCCUACGAGUUGACGGCCUGCACAUCGGCUCCUCAUUGUCUAGUGAGCCAGCAAUCGUCAUGGCACACAACGGGGUCCCAUUGGAGGUGCUCGUGGACAAGGCGCAGAGGAGUAUAGCAGACAUCGGCGAAGCUUUCGCCGCGACGCCCAACCACAGCGAAGGCGAAGACGAGAAUUCGGCAGAGGCACGGCUCCUUACUUCCCUGUACCGCGCUGGCGGGGUCGGGGUCGAGCAGCAAAAACGAGAGGUUCUCCAGAGCGGACAAUCGUGCAAGGUUGUCGGUCUUGCCUCGCGGCAGGUCGACGACGACGCCGAGAUGGAUGGCGACGAGGAGGGUGACGACGGCAGCGAUGAGCUGUCUCCAGGAGAGCAGUUCGUUUACAGCGCUAGCCGUGCUGACUUCAGGCUCUACCGAAUGGUUCGGGCUUCUAUACGACCAACUACCGACGAACUCGGCUGCGCGUAUGCCGCUUCUCAGCUGAGGUAUCUGAUCAACAUGCUCACUCACCGUGCCGCUUUCGAGUACCGGAUCCUCAUUCAGCAAAGCUUGUCAGCGUUUAUGGUGCCAGAUGCUGCGGGAGUGUUAGCCCCAGACGAGAUCUUCGUUGCUUUCGGGCAAGAGCAGCCACUGAACCCUGCCAAUCAACGGCGAAUGUCCUUCCUCGAAGGCGAUUGUGUCGUCUACCGUUCACCAUGCAAGCUACCUACUGACGUCCGCAAGUUCCGAGCGGUCGUCCAUCCCGCAUUACUCCAUCUGCGGAACUGUGUCGUGUUCUCGGCUCAUAGCGCUAUGUGUCACCAACCUCCAGCAAGCUUCCUCGGUGGAGGUGACUACGACGGUGACAUUGCCACUGUCAUAUGGGACCCUGAUAUCGUGCGGCCGUUCAACAACGCACCUGAUCAUCUUGCCGCUGAACCACCCGGAUUUGAGGAGGAUAACUUCGCCAAGGCCGUCGUGACAGCGGAGAUGCACGCGUACGCCGUUUACACUCGAGGAGUCGACCACCCGGAUACAUUGCGACUUGCCCGCAUGUUCUGUCAAGUCCUUGACUCCCGGAAGAGUGGUCUUAGCGUGUUGCCGGCCGUGAAGAGAAAAGACAUGAAGCAAUUCGGCCGCAAAGUAGCCUGGCGCGUAGCCAAGCUCAAGGCCAAUGGCAAGGACAACUGCGACAAUGAUGAUGCAGGGGAAGCCGUACGGCCGAGGCACUUUCCGCCGUUCAUCAUGGACGUGAUCAGUUCCAAAGCUCAGGCAGCCCGCCUGGAGGUUCUUAGCCGCUUCCCUGAGCCCAAUGUCCUCGGCCGCAGGCGCGAGCUCACGCCGCUCGCAGAGAUGUACACCACUGCCGCUAGUAGAGCCGGGAGGGACCCUCAACUCGCGGAACAGCUUCGACUAGUCAAGACGCAUGUCAAGUGGGUGUACGACAUCUAUCCCCUUAUCUUCCAACUCAAAAUCCUCGACUUGUCCGACAAUUACAACACCAACGUGCGGCCGCUUGAGAUGCAAAACGGCCCCGGUGCGGACAACAUCAGUCGCCAGUCUAGCGGGCAAGGCCUGGCGGCAAUGGGCUAUUCGAGCCGCGAUGCAUGCCCUGGCAAGCCACGCCGUCUGCCGUCACGGGUCACUCGGGCACGCCUCCGUGAGCUGCGGCGGAUCUGGCACGAUGGCAUCGUCCCCGCAGAUGUGCCUGAUCUUGUUCCGCUUCGAUCUCGUACGCGGUUCAUCUGUCUAAUGCAGAUGGGCGGCCUAUACGAAUGCCCUUCCAAGUUGAUCUAG